AAAAUAUUUGAUGUUCUCUGUAUUUACAGCAAAUGAUAUAAGAAAUUUAAGUGUAACAAAAAUUAGGACACCAUUGUCUUUUAACAUUCUUGGACAUCCUUUAAAGGGUGGAUUGUAUGAUCCAGUUUUAGGGGAAAAUACUGCAAUGACAUUAACCUUGAUGUAUGUUGUCAAGGACGUCAUUGUGAGGAACAUGCAAAAGGUUUUAGCUGUCACUCGUUAUUUGUUAAAAAACUAUUAACAAGAAAAGUUUCAUUAAUCAAUUUCUCGACACUGUGUACAUUUAAGUACGAUAAACUUUACAUAUAUGCCCAUUAAUGGGUAAUUCGGAACCAUGUGGUACAUGUGGCGGUAAUGUCCAUACAUGCACGGGUCACUUUGGACACAUAGAAUUGUCAAUGCCGGUUGUCAACCCAUUAUUUCAUAAAGUAUUAUGCAUGUUAAUCAAAUUGUCAUGCUUGUCGUGUUUCACCUUUCAAAUACCACCAUACGUCAAGUUAUUAUUAUCUGCCAAAUGGAAGUUACUCUAUGAAGGACAACUGAGUGAUAUCGAUAAUUUAGAUCAAGAAGUAACAUCAACAGUAGCUGAGAUACCGAACGUCUUAGAGGCACAAACAGAAUAUAUUCGUGAUUUCAUUGACAAUUACAUACAAAAUAUUUAUAACAGGGACAGAUUCAGCUGUGGUGUGCCUCAGAAUCAUGAAAAUCAAAUGAAUACAAAGAAUAUUAAUAUGCAAUGGCAUAUGUACGUUGAUAAUAUACUCAAACAAUAUAAAGCUGUAAAAAUAUGUAUUAAUUGUCACGAAGUCAUACCAAAGAUUUCAGUGAUGCAAAAUAAAAUAAUGACAACUAAAUUGAACAAUUCUAAGGAUUCCGCUCCUAAGGAAAUGGUGUCUAGCACAGUGGUGCAUAAAUUAGAGACAGUGAUGAUUAUGCCGGAUCAGUCUAAAGAAUAUCUGCGCAAAUUGUGGAACAAUGAAAAGGAUUUCCUUAAGUUAAUUAUACCCUGUUUGGACUUAAUGGACAUCGAAUAUCCCACUGAUGUGUUCUUCCUCGAAGUAAUACCUGUAUUGCCACCGAUCGUACGGCCCGUAAAUAUACUUCACGGCCAAGUGAUUGAACAUCCACAAACUCAAGUAUACAAAAACAUCAUGCAAGACUGUCUUAUUUUGAGAAAUAUUAUACAAACAAUUCAAGAUGGAGGUACUGAUCAAUUACCUCAAGAAGGUCGAUUAGUUUUCGAACAGAUAAGAGGGCUUACAGCAAUUGAGAAAUUGCAUAAUGCUUGGCAAGGACUACAAGUCAAUGUGGACCAUUUGAUGGAUCGUGAGAUGAGUAAGACUUCGGAAUCGGUUCAUUGUCAGGGUUUGAAACAGAUUAUCGAGAAGAAGGAAGGUAUUAUCAGAAUGCAUAUGAUGGGUAAAAGAGUAAAUUUUGCUGCGCGCUCAGUUAUCACUCCAGAUCCUAACUUGAACAUCGAUGAGAUCGGUAUUCCUGAAGCUUUUGCUCUCAAGCUGACGUAUCCCGUGCCAGUGACACCGUGGAAUGUCGUCGAAUUGCGACGAUUAAUUCUGAAUGGACCUGACGUUCAUCCUGGCGCAGUUAUGGUAGAGAACGAGGAUGGAAUGAUACAAGCUAUCAGCAGUAAUGAUUCUACAAAGAGAGAAGCUGUCGCGAAACGUCUCUUCACAACGAACAGCAGAACUAACAAAUUCUUUAGCGGCAUUAAAGUGAUAUACCGUCACUUGCAAAACGGAGAUGUAUUAUUAUUGAACAGACAACCGACGUUACACAAGCCUAGUAUAAUGGCUCAUAAAGCACGUAUUCUUAAGGGGGAAAAAACUUUACGUCUUCAUUAUGCGAAUUGCAAAGCAUACAACGCAGAUUUUGACGGUGAUGAGAUGAACGCUCAUUUCCCGCAAAACGAACUAGCUAGAAGUGAGAGUUACAAUAUAGUUAGUGUCUCAAAUCAAUAUCUUGUACCGAAAGAUGGAACGCCAUUGAGUGGUCUUAUACAGGAUCAUAUGGUGUCCGGAGUACGAUUAACAUCAAGAGGUAGAUUUUUUUCGAGGGCGGAUUACACGCAAUUGGUUUACACCGCACUGUCAAUGAAACAAGGCGAUAUCAUUCUUCUACCUCCAGCUAUUAUCAAACCGAAAUUACAGUGGUCUGGUAAACAAAUUCUAUCAACUGUCAUUAUCAAUAUUAUCCCCGGUAAUAAGGCGCGAAUUAAUUUAACUUCCAACACGAAAAUCAGUUUGAAGGAGUGGCAGGUGAACGAACCGCGACGUUGGAAAUGCGGAAAAGAAUUUGAUGACCCAAAGACUAUGUCGGAAAUGGAAGUUAUAAUUCGACAUGGUGAGUUAUUGUGUGGUGUCCUCGAUAAAAUGCAUUAUGGUGCAACUCCGUAUGGUCUUAUUCAUUGUAUUUAUGAAUUGUACGGUGGUACGUGCGCGAGUAAGAUGCUGAGUGCUUUUGGCAAACUCUUCCAAGCGUUUUUACAAUGGAACGGAUUCACGCUUGGUAUCGAAGAUAUUUUAAUAACUCGCGAGGCUGACGAGAAACGCAAAGAAAUUAUCUCCAAUAGUAAAAUUAUCGGGAGUAGUAUACAGAGAUCUGCCGUAGAGCUAUCCGAUGAUACACCUAUGGACGAAGUCAGAGUUAAAACAGAAGAAUCCUACUGGAGUAACUCAAAGUUUCGCGCACAGGUUGAUCGCAAGUAUAAAAAUAUGCUGGAUGUUUACACCAAUGAUAUCAAUAAAACAUGUCUACCAAUGGGACUUUCGAAAAAAUUUCCUGACAAUAAUUUACAACUUAUGGUACAAUCCGGUGCGAAAGGAUCCACAGUAAACACUAUGCAGAUAUCGUGUUUAUUAGGACAAAUCGAGUUGGAAGGUAAAAGACCGCCGUUAAUGAUUAGCGGAAAAAGUUUACCGAGUUUUCAGGCAUAUGAUUCAACACCUAGAGCCGGUGGUUACAUCGUAGGAAGAUUUAUGACUGGCAUCAAGUCUCAGGAAUUCUUUUUCCAUUGUAUGGCAGGUCGCGAAGGUCUUAUCGAUACCGCUGUUAAAACAAGCAGAUCCGGAUAUUUACAAAGAUGUCUUAUAAAACAUUUAGAGGGUCUAGUUAUCAAUUACGAUUCAACAGUCAGAGACUCUGAUGGUAGUCUGAUUCAGUUUUACUAUGGCGAAGAUGGUCUCGAUAUACCCGGCUCGCGUUUCUUAAAAAAGGAGCAAAUACCAUUUUUAGUUGACAAUAAAGAUGCUAUCGUAGAUGCAGAAGCAUUAGAGAAUCUCAAAACAGGAUCGAGUAAUAAUGAAAAAAUCAUGAAGUUAAUAAAGAAAAUUAAGAAAUGGAAAAUUAAAAAUGGUCCUCCUUUACAGAAAAGGAGGAUCAGUGAAUUUAGUAAAUUUUCUAUGGAGAAUGUUAAUCAGAAUAAUAAUACAAAGAAAAACAGCGUCGAGAAGAAUUGUGGAAGGACUAAGGCUGCGUUAUCACUUAUAAAAAAAUGGAUGAAAAUAGAUAAGGAAAUGAAGAAAAUGUUUCAUAUACAAUGUGUUAGGUGUCCCGAUCCGAUAAUGUCGAAGUAUAGACAAGAUGUUGAAUUUGGUGUACUAUCGGAACGAUUAGAAAGCUUACUGGAAGAAUAUCUCUCCCAUUCACCAAAUAUUAUCAAGAAAAGCUUGAGGGACCUAUUAUCUAUGAAGGUUAUGAAAACCAUUUGUCCACCCGGCGAACCAGUCGGUUUAUUAGCAGCACAAUCUAUUGGUGAACCAUCCACUCAAAUGACUCUGAAUACAUUUCAUUUUGCAGGACGUGGAGACAUGAACGUAACCUUAGGUAUUCCUAGGUUACGAGAGAUUCUAAUGAUGGCAUCGAAGAAUAUCAAAACUCCAAGUAUGGAGAUACCUUUCAAAAGCAAUCUGCAAAAACUCACGAAGCAGUCGAAGAAAUUGCGCGUAAAAUUAACUAAAUGUGUUUUGAGCGACGUAUUAAAAAUAAUCACAAUAAGCAGAAAAAUGGAAGAGGCCCCGCAUAGAAGAUUAGUGCACACUAUAAAGAUAGAGUUUCUUCCUUAUAAAUAUUAUAAGGGAGAGUUCUUUGUUCAUCCGCAGUACGUGAUUAAACAGACGGAAAAAACUUUUUUCAAAAAUAUAUUUAAGGAAAUUAAGAAAAUCGCCAAAAUAACUGGCACUUUAUUAUACUUCGAAGAAAAUAAUAGAAAACGGACAAAUAAUGAGGAUGCAAUGUUAGAUCAGGCUGAUCCUGAUGAAGAAGAAAGUGUGAGAAGAGAAAGAAGAGAAGACAUGCGGGGGGAGAGAGACUUAGGAGAGAUGCAUGAAUCAUCCGAUGAAGAAAGAGCUGCAGAAGAUGCUGAUGCCACGAUGAAUAGAUCGAUAUCACGUCAUCGAGAAAAUCAAGAAUAUGAGGAUCCGGAAGAAGAGGAAAUGGAAGAUGUUAUGAACAAUGAGAAUGAAGAAGCAGACAAUAAUGCGAAUAAAGAUUUAGGAAACAAUCAAUUUGAUGAAGAUGAUGAUGAUGAUGAUGAUGAUGAUGAUGAUAUGACAGAAAACUUAAAUUACAGGAAAAAUGAUAAACGUAAUUCUAAUAGAAGAAGUGAAGUUAUACAUAUGUAUAAGAAUGCGUUGGAUUAUGAUUAUGAUGAGAAUAAAUUUUCAUGGUGUCAAUUUACAUUUUGGUUACCGCUUAAAAUGAUAAAAUUAGAUCUGCCAACAAUAAUCAGAAAUGUUGCGAGCAAAACUGUUUUAUGGGAAACCCCGUAUAUCAAAAAAGCCUUUACUUUCCAAAAUAAUGAAGGUGAAAUGAUUCUUAAAACGGACGGUUUAAACAUAGUGGAAAUGUUUAAAUAUGACAGUAUUCUUAAUUUAAAUAAAUUAUAUUCCAACGACAUCUAUAAUAUUUCUCAGACAUAUGGGAUUGAAGCUGCAAAUAGAGUCAUUAUAAAAGAAAUUAGAGACGUCUUUAAAAUGUAUGGCAUCACCGUUGACUCUAGACAUCUAUCACUAAUCGCAGAUUACAUGACGUUUGAUGGCACAUUUCAACCACUUAGUCGUAAAGGAAUGGAAAACUCAUCUUCGCCGUUGCAGCAAAUGAGCUUCGAAAGUUCAUUGAAUUUUCUAAAAACUGCGACAUUGCAAGGGAAAAAGGAUGAUUUAUUAUCACCUUCAAGUAGACUUAUGCUGGGACAACCUUGUAAAUCUGGUACUGGAAUAUGUUCUCUAUUUGUUAAUAUAUGAAGACCAUCAACUGUAUACAAUCAUUAACAUCCAUCCAUAUACCUCUGA